AUGGCACUGCCUGUGAAUACUUUGGCCAAGUACAACACAAUUGGCGCGGCCACAACUUUGGGAUGGGCGAAAGAUGACUACGCCCAGGAGUACAUGCAGCGGCUUCAGGUGCGCGCCCAUCCCAUUCUUUUGGCACAUAAGUGGAAGAUCAAACAUUUGAAAGAGUUUUAUCCACGUAGUGCGCGUUUGCUGGGACUUAAUGUGAACAAGGGUGAUGAGGUGUGCGUCCGUUUUCGUGCUCCAGGUGCGAAGACCACCUUUCUUCCCUUCAGUGAGGUACUUUGCACCUUGUUGCACGAGAUCGCACACUGUCGGUAUUCCAGACAUGACAAGUACUUCUGGGGCCUUUACUCUCAGCUUGUUAUGGAGUGUGAACAGUUGGAGGUUGGUAUGGUGUCUGGGAACACCGAGGGAACGGCUAGCCGAACAUUCCGUUUUACAGGAAUCCAUCGUUUGGGUGGAAGCGGACCGUUGUUGCGCCCAUCAUGUUCAUUAUCACUGCGGCAACUUCUUGCGGAUGCUGCAGAGAAACGACUUCAGCAGACGCGUUGGGGAGAACGCGAUAGAUGUGGCUGCGAUGAUGUUGCUGCAUCAAGUACACUACCGAGUGGGGGCGGUUGGAUUUGUCCGCGAUGUAGGAAUGUUAAUGCCUCUACUCUUACGGUGUGUGAUUUCUGCUCCGACGCUGUGGACCUCAACGGGGGUGAACAGGGAUGGGACUGUGCACGGUGUUCCUUCCAUAACUACUGCGCCUUUCAGCGCUGUGAAGCAUGCAAUUGCACCCGCCUGAAUCUACCUAAUCUUUCAAAGUUUGCCGUGCAGCAUAUUAGGCCUUUGACUACUUCGACAACGGACUUGGCUGCGUACACUUUACUGGGUCGCGUAGCGGAUCUUCUUGAUACUAUCCUUCAGGAAAGAGAAUGGCAGGUGACCUGUCUCGACGAGUUUUCUCCAACAACACCGUCGGUAAUGUCGCAUGGGGAAUUUACUGAAUCAGGGCGUGCCGUAGUGCGAGUGCGUCUUCGGUCACCAAGUAAGGCCUCUGAAUUUUUGCCCUUUGUAUGCGUCUGCACUGCCGUCCUUCACCAGCUGGCUCACCUCAUAGAGCGUCAUCACGGAGUUGAGUUUUGUGAGGCUUGGGUGGCAUUACUGCAUUGCUGCCUGAGGACAGAACAGGCGAGGGGGCCGGAUGCAGUGAUGUCUAAAGAGAAUAAAGAGAGUUUGCUUCAGUUUACGAGUCUCUUAGAGUGCAUGAUUAAGGAUGAAAGAGAAGAUAGGAAUAGGUCACUAACGACGUCUGCAAUGCGUUUUUUAUUUGCAGAUUGCGGGAAUGUUGUAAAACGGGAAAGGUGCCCCGAAGGCAAUGAUGUGGCAAACGAACGCCGCCAGGAUGGUGUUGAUUAUUCUGGAAGUUGGGCAUGCAGUAGGUGCCAGUUUUUUAACCCAGUGGGGGCAUUUCUGUACUGUGAGAUGUGUGGCACACCUCGCCUAUUCCGCAUACCGUGUUGGGAGAGGUCAGUGGGUUCCUCGGAGGCGCCUGUCAUUAUUGACGAUGAGGACGAUAACGAGAAGGGAAACUUCCCAUGCACCAAUGAUGAUGUCAUGGUGAUUACUUGA